AUGUCAACCCUGUCCCCGGAGAAGAAAAGACUAGCCGACGGCUCUUCGGACUUGCCCUCGGACGCCGAUCAACUCGUGUUGACCUCCCCACCGAAGAAACCAAGCAAGGUUCCGGACGGUGUGCUCAAACACGAAGUAAUCGACUUGAGGGAUGACGAUUCCGACGAAGAGAAGCCCCGGACUGGAGUGGCGCGGAACCCCCUAGUCCAAGGGGCCCCCUACGGACGAAAGAUUGUGGAAGUACCGGAUCCGCACCCGUGGGAGGAAGACGUCAAGCCACCCUCGGCUGAAGACGCCUUCGUGUUGAGGACAUUCAGAGAAGUGUCGCAGAGUUUUGCGAUCAUCGUCCACGAUGUAGAGUAUCAACAGAAGGCUGAGGCCCUGAAGUUCUUCCAACAGUACAACGAAGACCGGUCGCACCUCCUGGAUGGUCAAGAACCCCGUUUAGUAGCGAUUGCUGACGCCCUCAUGGCAGCUGCAACUGCGAACGAAUUUCGUAACCAAAACGAGUUCCUACUAGGACGAGAGUCGCUCCAGAACAGCAACUGCUUCUUGGUCGAACUGGAGUCCUCUCGACGCCUCAUGCAACGGGACGCUGAGGUAGCAGUCCGGGAUGAAGUCCAAGCGAGUUUGGAUGAGUGCCAAGACCAAGCAAACCGAUCGGUGAGGAUUCGUCAAGAGCGGGUGGAGGCGUUGGAACGCCAGCACCCGGACGAUGUGCGUGCUCCCCAAGCUCAAACGGCACAGGAGCAGCAGUCCCUACUGGCGAAAUACACCAAACGGGAAGUACUCCGCGCGGCGGAAAACGAUGAGUUGGUGAAAAAGAAGGGCCUUGAGCUGAAGGCGUUACGUCAAGAAGUGAUGUGCUACGAAAGUCUACUGAAGAAGGCGAAAUCGGCGAAACUGGAGUGGCGAAAGCUGGCCGAAGAAAUAGAACAGGCCUGCCCCAACUGCGUCCGGUUGGAACAAGACAUUCUGGUCCUACAAGGCCAGUCUGUGAGCGAAGCUGAAGCGUACCGACAACGGGAAGUCGAGUCCUCGAAGAGCGAAUGUCACGGCCUGACGAAGGCCCUCGCCGAAAGCCAGGACGUGGCGAAGGAGCUGGAAAUGGAGCUCGACGUGCUGUCUGAAGCUACACCGUCCGGAAGCGACCUGAAGGCGAUCUGGCAGAUCCAAGAAGCGAAAGCCCAGUUGUCUUCAGCACAAGCAGCUUUGGAGGUAGAACGAGCGGCUUUGGCCGAAUUUGUUCGAACGAACCGGCUCGAAAAGGGAGUAUUGGAGGCACCCAAGAAGCUUAUCCGGGAACAAGAGGCCAAGGGUGAAGCCGGCCGACGAAGUCAAGAACUUUCCCUGGCGGAACUACGUAGUGAAUUGGAAAAGACGCAAGCUCGCCAAGAAGUCGAAAAGGCGGGAGUUGAACGAACUCCGGGUCUACACCAACCGAGCCAACCCUUUCCUGACAAAGCCGACUCUGGACCCUUAAUUGGCUCAGUACGGAGCGCCCACGAUAGCCCCGUCGGUCUCCUUCGCGACUCCCGUUGGGCUCUCACUCCUUUACCAGCGUCACCAAAGAAGUCGUCCCGAAUCAUGUACCUGGCAGUACGGGAUGGAACCGAGGACACUCACGACACUCUCGUGUAUGGAGUCAAAAUUCCAACGCCGCCGGUCUCGUUUGCACCUCCUCCGCGGUCGAACCUAGCCGGAGUAUACGAGCUACGAGGGUAUCCCACACCCGCCAGUCAAGGACACCAUGGG